AUGGAGUCGGAACCUCAGCAGGAGCAUCCAAAUUGGAAAAAGUAUGAGAAUAUGGUAAGCGCCGCCCGAAAUCCGUCAUGCCCUCCCUUUAACUCGCUAUUUUUUGCAGAGCCUCGAAGAGCUCAUCGCCUCCACGGACAAUAUCGACACGGAUGCGUUCGACAACACUCGAAAAUUCAAUCCGCGCAAACAGAGAUCGUGUCACCGACGGCAGGAGCCGGUGUCUGUGGAGCAGCGGAAAGCGGAGAGCUCGAAGAAUUCGAGAGAGUACACGAAAAGGAAUCGCGAGGAGAUUAAGGUGUGCCACUCGAUGAAGGCCGACUUUGAGGCGAUGAGGCGGCGCUUUGAGCGGCUCGUCCGAAAAUUGGAACCGGAGAGGCAGGAGCGAAAGGUUUCUCUACAUUCUGAUAUGUCUCAAGACAACCGGAGACACAACAACACUUUUCAGAUCCUUGCCGCAAUCGAACGCGUCGAAGUGAUAAUGAAAAAGUACCUGAAAAUCGAGACCAGUGUCAGUGAGCAAUUCGGUACUCCAGACCCGCAACUGUACUUGAUCGGUAAGCGCCGCCCCUCGUUCCUCGAAAUUUUUUUUUUUUGGCGCAUUUCAGACUACCGUACCUCCGCGAAAACCACUGCCGAUUUCGUGUUUCACACGGGCGUAGUGUCCUACCAGCAACAGCACGAGGAGCUCGCCGAGCAGUACAAAGUUAUCGAGGAGGCGUUCGAUUCUGCGGUUUGCAGUUGUUUCGAAAACUGAACUGAUCUGAUCGCUGCAUUUUUUUGUAGAAGGAUCAGAAGGAGAAGACGAAUUUGGCGUCGAACAAAAGUCGAAUGGGACAGCGGCUGUUGAGGGCAAAGUUGAAGACCGAGUGCUGGAAUAUUUGGAUGGACAUCGAGACGAUGAAGAUGAGGGGACACAAGUUGAAGACGUUGAGCGAAGAGCUCAAAGAGCUGGUUGGUUUUCUAGGCCAUGCACCUUUAAUCUUGUAAAUCUGACUGGGAAGGAGGUGGCCGAGGUUUUCGAAACUUUUCCUCUAUUGUAGUUUCACUCUAGCUUCAGAAAACUUGAUGGCCUAGGAUUUUCUAGGCCAUAUUCUACUAUUUAAGAUGCGAGAAAUGUGGCCGAGAUUUUCCUAGGUUAUCAAUGCUCGACGUUUACUUUAGGGACCCUGUUAGACAUCCUUGUGGCCCAGAACUUUCCUCUCUUGCAGAUUUGGACCAAAAUCCUCGGAGUCUACUAUCACAUCUUCAACCUGUUCCCCUGGCCGAACCUGGACCCACUGGAUUCGACAGCGAUUCGACAAAUCCUCGAGCAUUUUUCACCGUUCUCAAAGCAAUACGGAAGGGUGACAGCCACGUGGAGAGCGGCGAAACGGCCGCAAACGGCGAUUUGUGAAGUAGAGGAGAUUGUGGAGGAGAAGAAACUGAAAUUGAAGAUAGAGGAGGAGCCAGAGGUGCCGCCGGAGAAAACGUCUGACGAACUUUUGGUUCGUGAAGGGAACCAAGGGCGGGAGGAAAAAGUUGAAGAGAAAAAACCGGAAUUGUCCGUUUCCUCGCAAUUCACGCCGUUCACCCUGGUCCUUCCGACCGUUCCAGCGACAUCCAGAACUCAGGGACCAAGUUGUUCGACUUUAACUUUUCCGCUCCGAGAAGAUUCGGGACCGAGAAUACAUUGUGGAAUGGAUGCAGGUCAAAAUUCAAGAGAACAAGAAGAAGAAGAAGGAGAAGAAGAAGGAGUAUCUAGAAAACGAAGUGCUUGCUCGACUCCACAAAGUUUUCCGGAAACAGCGGUGUCAGAAGACGUGGCGGUGAAGAAAAAGUGUGAAGGAGAAGAUUCGGAGCAUCUGGAGCUUGAACAAGUUCAAAGACCCGAGCAACUUUCGAUGGGAAUGAAUUUCAAUGGAAUCUAUGGAAAUAUGGUGAGUUUGGAUUACGGUAGUUCUAAAGUAUGAAUAAAUAAAUGAUACUUGGUUACUGUAGUUGCGUCCAUUCAAAGUGAUGUAUCUCAGCUGUUGACGGACGUAUCAAAAAGUUUUCAACUAAAAAAAUGUGCGCACUUUUAUAAUUAACAAUUUCUUCGUUCACAGUUUCUUGGUAUCUCUAUCGGCAGCUGAGAUAUAUAGCUUUGAAUGGACAAUAUACGUAUUCAGACUAGAUAUUGUCAAUCUCCUCCAAUUUCAGCAACUCCUAACCCCGUCGGCACCGUUUCUGACGCCAUCUCAACCCUCUCCGUCGCCACUUGUGUACUCCAGCCCAUUUCUGCCCUCUCCGGUCCCGCUCUCAAUCUCGGAAUCGUCGCCGAGUCCGACCGAAUACACCUACGCCUCAUCCGAGUACAUUGCCCAGUUUCUCGAGAAUCAACGGUUGAUGGCCCAACUGCUGAGGUCCAAUUUUGCCAAGAAACAGUGA